AUGAAAACGUUAACUUUAUAUUUAAAAAUUACUAUAUUCCUUCUUUUAAUUUGGAUGUAUCAAUGUUUUUAUAACUGUUAUUCCUAUAAAACAUUGAUUGAUAAAAAUAUAUUUCAAAUAAAAAAUGAGUUAAAAUAUAAAAGAAUAUUAACAGAGGGUGACAUAGCAGCAAAAAAGCAAACUAACGCUGAAGAAUGCCCAAAAAAAUGUCCAUUAGAUAAUGAAAAAAACGAAAGUUUGGUUCUGGAUCUUUACAAGAAUCCGUAUAAUUAUUGGUUUAAGUUCAAGGUUCCAAUAUUUUGGGAGCGAUUUAAAAAUGAGACAAGUCAAAUGGACCAUAAAUGGAAACUGAAAAAAUGGAAUGUUGAAUUUCAGAUAUUUUCAAAUACGAAAUUUAAUGAUCUAUAUUCAAUAAUUCGUAGUGAUAUUCCAGAUAAAGAAAGAAACGAAAAAAUUGAUAAUUUUAUGAAUGAAUUUGACUCAGAAUUUGAGGAAUUUUUGUUGAAAUGUAAGCAAGAGAUGGGAGUCAAUAAAACAGAAUGCGAAUCUAUGAAAGAGGAGGGAAAAAAUGAAAAAAAAAAUAAGAAAUCAAAUAUUUCGAAAUUUCUUUGUUGUAGGUUUGAUAACCACUAA